AUUUUUUAAAGAUAAGAAUAACAUAAAAUUUCUAAUACCCAAACUAACAAGUAUAAAAAUAAAAAUAGAAUAAAAAAUUAUGUUGGUGAUUCGUGAUUGUAACUGAAAGUUAGAAUGAAAACCCUCCAUAGCCAUGGCAGCACCUUCAUGUUCGUAUUCUCACUCUUCUUCUACCCUUUUCUUUCUCAAGCUAUUGACACCAUAACACCCACACAACCCCUCACCAUCAAACAAACUCUAGUCAGUAAUGGUGAAGUUUUCGAGUUGGGGUUCUUCGAUCCAGGCAACAAUAAUUUGUAUAUAGGCAUUUGGUACAAGCAAAUUCAGCAGAAAACAUACGUUUGGGUAGCUAAUAGAGACAAUCCCAUUACUUCAUCGUCCGGGAACCUAACCAUCGCCAGCAACGGCAACAUGGUGCUUGUAAAUCAAACCGGAACUGUGGUCUGGUCGACAAAUCAACCUACACAGGUGGUGAAGACGGUGGGGCAGCUUUUGGACACCGGUAACUUUGUGCUUCGUCCGGAAAACGAUGAGAAUCCGGAGAAUUAUAUUUGGCAAAGCUUUGAUUAUCCGACUGAUACUCUAUUACCGGAGAUGAAACUCGGGUGGGACAGGAAGUCUGGAAUUCAUCGGUUUUUGCGGUCGUGGAAGACGAAUAUCGUUCCAUCCACCGGUGAUUAUUCUUUUAAACUGGAUAUCACUGGGUUCCCGGAGCUUGUAACGAUGAACGACGAAACCAUAACUUGGCGGACUGGGCCGUGGAAUGGGUUAAGGUUUAGCGGCACACCGCAGAUGGUGGGGUUGAAUAUAAUGAAGUUUGAAUUACAGGAUAAUUCCGAUGAGAUUACUUAUUCUUUUGAAAUGCUGGAUAGUUCUAUUUAUUCGCGAUUCGUUGUAAAUUCUUCUGGUAUUAGUCAAAGAUUGGUUUGGGCCGAAACAACAAAAACCUGGAAUACCUUCUGGUAUUUCCCCGGUGAUUUCUGCGAUCAAUUUGGUGAAUGUGGUCCGUUCGGCGUUUGUGAUACAUCAACUGCACCGUUCUGCAAUUGUAUGACCGGAUUCCGGCCCAAGAACAAACAAGCAUGGGAUCUACGAGAUGGAAAGGACGGGUGUGUUCGGAGCUCCGUAAUGGACUGUGGGUCGGAUGGGUUUCUGCUAUUGAAGAACAUGAAAUUGCCGGAGAGUUCAAACGCGUUUGUAGAUCAGACGAUUAAUUUGAGCGAGUGUGGUGCAAUUUGCAAGAAGAAUUGUUCCUGUGCUGCGUAUGCUAGUAUGAAUAUCACUGAAGGCGGGUCGGGUUGUGUGAUUUGGGUUGGAGAUCUUAUGGAUAUGAGGCACUAUGUCGAUUCUGAAUAUGGAGGGCAAGAUCUUUACGUUAGAGCUGCAGCAUCUGAUUUAGAUCAAUCAGUAGGAGCCGGAAGUUUAAAAAAGGGUUCCAACAAUGGCAACCACGUUGGUAAGAUUGUCGGCAUCACCAUCAGUACUUGUGUGGUGCUCACAUUUCUACUUAUUCUCGUCUACUUGAAGAGGAAGAAAACAAGAAAUCUGAAAAAAUCAUUUAAUAGAACUGGUCCGCAAGAAAGAACCGAAGAUUUCGUUGUAAAUAAAGGGGUAGUUGUACAAAGUAGAAGAGAUUAUUACAAUGAAACGACCAUGGAUGAACUUGAAUUACCAUUGUUCGAUUUUAGGACACUGGCUAUGGCAACAAACAACUUCUCGGAUACAAAUAAACUUGGUCAAGGUGGAUUCGGGUGUGUUUACAAGGGUACAUUAACAGAAGGCGAAGUUGUAGCUGUAAAAAGGCUCUCAAGAAUUUGUGAGCAAGGUUGCUGCAUUGAGGUUGAAGAGAAGUUGUUGAUUUAUGAGUUCAUGGAAAACAAAAGUCUUGAUAUGUUUCUUUUUGACAAAGAGAAAAAUGUGAAACUCAAUUGGAAAAUGCGACUCGAUAUUAUACGUGGGAUUGCACGAGGGCUUCUUUAUCUUCACCAAGAUUCAAGAUUUAAAAUCAUUCAUCGAGAUAUGAAAGCGAGUAAUAUUUUGCUUGAUAAGGACAUGAACCCAAAGAUAUCAGAUUUUGGUAUUGCAAGAAUUUUUGGGAGAGAUCAAACAGAAGCAGAAACAAAAAUAGUGGUUGGAACGUAUGGUUAUAUGUCACCUGAAUAUGCGAUGGAUGGCCAUUUCUCCACAAAAUCUGAUGUUUUUAGUUUCGGGGUUUUAAUUCUGGAGAUAGUGAGCGGUAAAAGAAAUAGAGGUUCAUCCAACACAACUAGCCAACUUAACCUUCUUGGACAAGCAUGGAAGAUAUGGAACGAAGACAAUGCUUUAGAACUACUAGACGAAUCUAUUAGAGCCAAAUUUUCAGAAAAUGAAGUAUUGAGGUGCAUACAAAUUGGAUUAUUAUGUGUUCAAGAACAAUCGGAAGAUAGGCCUGAUAUGGCAAAUGUGGUGUUGUUAUUGAGUAGUGAAAAUGUACGAAUGCCACAGCCAAAACAUCCUGGAUUUUUUAUUAGAAAAAUUAACAAAGAAAUUGAGUAUUCGAGCAAAGAUGACGAUUCCAAGACCAUAAAUGGAAUCACAAUAUCGAUACUAGAUGGUAGAUAGCGAAAAUAAGAUAGUUGUCAUCUAGUAUCAAUUAUCCAUCAUAUUUUCCCUUCUUCUUCGAUCCUUAAUUUAUUUUAGGAUCAAAAUUUCAUCAUGUAUCAUCUUAUUAGAAUGUUUUCAUUAUCUUCAUUUCUUCUUGUCAAUUUCUCCUUUAGUCUGAAUUAUACAAACACAUGACAGCUAGAUUAUUAUAACCAAAAAGUUUAUCUGUCAAUCGUUAAAACUCUAAGUAUGUCAAAUUUAGAAUUUGUUCA